CUGGUUAACUCCAAGGCCUACGGAUAAGAAGAGACCAUCUCGGCAAUGGCCGCUGGGGACCUGCCACCUGCCGCCACAGAGCAUAAAGACCAAGGCAAUUCCCAUUUUGCGAAGAAAGAGUAUGAAGAUGCGGCUGCUUGUUACGAGCGGGCCCUGGCGCUGGUCCCCGACAACGCGGUGCUGCUGUCCAACCUGUCCGCUGCGCACCUGGGCAAUAAGGCCUGGGGUGCGGCGCUGGCAGCGGCGGAGAGGUGCCUGGCCGCCGACCCCGCCUUCCUGAAGGGCUACGGCCGGAAGGCGGCGGCGCUGCAGGGGCUGAUUAGGCCGGGCCACGCGGAGAAGGUGCUGCGGGAGGGCCUGGCGCGGGAUGGCGGCAACACCUACCUGCGGGAAGAGCUGGCGCGACUGCUGCAGGAGGAGGAUGGGGACCAGAGCCCGCGCCGCGCCAGAGACGGCUCAGACCGGCCACUGCGAGACAUGAUGACGCGGAUGGGGCCCCAGAUCACGCCUGCGGCACCCUGGCCCGCGGACGUCUUCCAAAUCGCCAUGUUCGGAGACGCCGCUGCCUUCCGCUCCGCCUUCCGGCCGGAGCACCUGCGGCUGCGCGGUCUGGAGGCGCGGCUGCCGCUGCUGCACCUGGUGGUGAUGGGUGCGCAGCGGCUGCGGCCCGUCAACAGCGCCGUGGGCAUGGACCACGCCGGUGUGAUGCGGCAGCUGCUGGCGGCGGGCGCGCGGGCGGACGGCCGCGACGCCACCGGCUACACGGCGCUGCACCACGCGCUGGCCCACAACCCGGUGUUGGACCUGGCUGACAUCCUGAUCACCGAGGGAGGCGCUGACGUCAACGCGCAGGACAGGUUCGGCACCUACCCGCUCCUGAGCGUCUGCAUGUCGGGCGCCGCGGAGUCGGCCCGCCUGCUGCUCAAGUACGGCGCGCGGGCCGACCUCAAGGACAACGACGGCUGCACCGCGCUGCAGAUGAGCCAGUACAACCCGGAGAUCCAAAAGCUCAUCUACCGUGCGAAGGAGAAGGUGCCAGACACGGAUGUGCGGUCGUGCGCGGGCUGCGGCAAGACGGGCAAUAAGCUGAGUUCGUGCGCCGGCUGCCGAAGCAACACCUACUACUGCGGCAGGGACUGCCAAGUGGCGCACUGGCCUAAGCACAAGACGGCUUGCAAGGCCGCACGCAAGGCCGCGGCCGCUGCUGCCGCUAGCGGCAGCGCCGCGCCGGCCGCCGCUGCGGCGGCGGCGGCGGCGGCGGCGGGCGCCCGCUCCGGCUCUGGCGCCGCCAAGGCGUCGGCCAAGCCGGCUAAGCCGCUGCCCAAGACGCUGCGUGUGCCGGUGCUGCUGGGGGAGGAGUGCCUGUACCUCCAGAGCCUGCAAGCCCCCAUGGCCAACAUGAUGAGUCAGGCGGCGGGCCUGGGAAGCCGGCCCAUCCCCUCCAACGCCGCAGUGGACACGGACCCGGGCCAGCUGCGCCAGGCGCUGGCGGGCGCGGUGCGCAAGGCCACGCGCGAGCACACCAUGCCCAUCAAGGUGCAGGUGCCGUGCCCGCCCGGCAUGGCGCCUGGGAUGCAGCUCGGCCCGCCCGACAGCAGCAGCGACGACGACGAGGACGAGACGGCGGAGGCGCAGAAGCGGGCGCAGGGCCGGCGGCGAGCCCGCACGGCCACGGCGCAGGAGGUGAUGGGGCAGUACACAAUGCUGUGCUACAACCGCGACCGCACAGUGGUGUUCCAGCUAGACGGCACGUGCGGCAGUGGCAAGAAGCUGCGGCACCUGAUCCGGCGGCAGGGCGUGUUGGGCCUCAAGGGCUACUUCGCUGCCUACUUCGACGCGGAGUGCGUGGGGGAGGACGGCGUGCCUACAGACAUCAUCCUGUCCACGGCGAUGCUGGCGGUGCCGAACUGGUGAACCUGUGCCCCUGAAGCACGCCGGAUGCAAGGUUUCACUGUCAGACAGCAUUUGGACGUGUGCUGCACUGCUGCAAGAGAUAAGGACGUAAUGUACAGGGUUGCGAUCACCAAUCAAUGCGCAUUAUGGCUUGGCAUGACACCCAGUAGGUGCGUACCUCAGGCCGGGCCUGCAGGGAUGCACGGGGGCGUCGUCACUGCAUUGCUGUGUAGGUCGCGAGUGUUUCGUAGUGUGUGCUGGCUUUGUCUUCCGUCGCAAGACGGACUGCGUGAUUGCGUAAGCAGCGUAACAUGAGUUGUGGUAGCCGCGAGCCAGGGAAAGGUGGCCAGGCUUGUCACACGACAUGUAAUUGUGCUUGGAGAGCAGUCCGCACAGAUGUUUUAUUGUAGCUGUGCCGUGCCGUGCGUUUCAGACGUACUGGCGCUUUGAUGCAGCAAUGGGUUACAAGAGUGUAAGUUGCAGGCGAC